UCCCAAACCUACUACUACCAUUUGUGCUUACAUAUUUCUAUAUAUAUCCACAUGCAUGCAAGUUCACUAAAAAUUUCUUCACCUGCUGUACCUGCAAUAUAAAUUCAAGAAACUAGCUAGCAGCAACGAGAGAGAGGGAGAGAGACAGAGAGUAACAGAGAGAGAGAGAGGGAGAGGGACAGAGAGUAACAGAGAGAGGGAGAGAGACGGACAGAGAGAAAGAGAGAGAUGACAAUAACAGUGAUCAAGGUAGAUGAAUUGGUGGCACAUCCGGCUAAAGAUCAGCUUCACGGCGUCGAUUAUUGUCUCAACAGUAAUCCUUCAUGGCCUGAAGCUAUUAUACUUGGUUUUCAACACUAUCUUGUUAUGCUUGGGACUACUGUAAUCAUAUCCACAACUGUAGUUCCUCUAAUGGGUGGUGGCAAUGUGGAGAAGGCUCAAGUAGUACAGAGUUUACUCUUUGCCUCUGGAAUGAACACACUAUUGCAGACAUUUUUCGGAACACGGCUUCCAGUGGUGAUAGGGGGUUCUUUCAGAUUCAUCCUUCCAGCCCUUACGGUUGCAUUUUCCAACAGAUAUAGUAUAUAUAUCAAUCCUCGUGAUAGGUUUCAUAGAACAAUGAGAGGGAUACAAGGGGCUCUGCUCAUCGCGUCCUUGCUUCCAGCUAUACUUGGUUUUCUCGGUAUCUGGAGAAUUGUUGUGAGGUUCUUGAGCCCUCUUUCUGCAGUUCCUCUAGUAACGCUUGUCGGACUUGGACUAUACCAGCAAGGAUUCCCACUUCUUGCGCAAUGUGUUGAGGUUGGACUUCCUGAAUUAAUCAUAUUAAUUCUCUUAUCACAGUACAUUCCUCACGUAUGGAAAUCAAGUCGAUUUGAUCGCUAUGCAAUCUUAUUCUCUGUAGCAUUAGUGUGGGCAUAUGCCUCCCUUCUAACAGCUGCUGGUGCAUACAAAAAUAAAUCUCCAAGUACCCAGUUCAGUUGUCGUGUUGAUAGAUCUGGGCUUAUUGGCGGUGCUUCUUGGAUUAGAUUUCCAUAUCCCUUUCAAUGGGGUCGUCCGACUGUAAAUGCUAGUGAUGUCUUAAUCAUGUCUGCAGCAGCUUUUGUAGCUCUUGUAGAGUCUACAGGUACAUUUAUUGCAGCAUCAAGAUAUGGGAGUGCCACGCCUGCGCCACCUUCUGUUCUCAGCCGCGGUGCUGCCUGGCUGGGAGUAGCCAUGUUUCUGGAUGGCUUGUGGGGCACAGCAAGUGGCUCGACAGCAUCAGUUGAAAAUGCAGGUCUUUUGGCUUUGACAAGAGUUGGAAGCCGGAGAGUGGUUCAAAUUUCAGCUAUAUUCAUGUUGCUCUUUUCUGUAGUAGGAAAGUUCGGGGCUGUUGUUGCUUCUAUACCUCUCCCUAUCUUUGGAGCAAUAUACUGCGUCUUAUUUGGUUAUAUGUCAUCUGCUGGUCUUGGAUUGCUGCAAUUCUGCAAUCUCAACAGCUAUAGAACAAAGUUCAUACUAGGCAUAUCGCUCUUCAUGGGUCUUUCUGUGCCACAAUACUUCAAUAACUAUGUCGUCACCACAGGUCGUGGUCCUGUGAACACUCCAUCAUUCUGGUUUAACAACAUGCUGCUAGUGGUAUUCACAUCCCCAGCGACAGUUGCAUUUAUCAUUGCUUUAUUUCUGGAUUCCACAUUGGGUCGUAAUCACAGCUCUACCCGGAAGGACAGUGGUAGGCACUGGUGGGGGAAGUUCAGGCACUUCGAUGAUGAUCCCAGAAGUGCAGAGUUCUAUUCACUCCCUUAUGGCCUUUCAAAGUAUUUUCCUUCGAUUUAACUGAUGGACAUGUAUGUUGCCUAGUUGCUUCUUGAGUAGUCACAAAAAAAAAAGUAAAACAAUUUAUAAUAUAUCAUAGCACAUACUGAGAUUUGAUUGGUAUACUAUCAUAGUACAGCACUGAAAUGAUUCUACCAAAACAUAUUCACAACAAAAAAAGAUAUAAAUCGAUGUCUUCUUAUACAAUUAUUGAUUACCAAUUACCCUCUGAUACUGAAUUUAAAAAGCUUGAGCCGCAGAGCUCAUACACGCUUUUGUAACUAUAUUCUCUUUUCCAUAGUAUAAACUGCUCAAACUAGAUUCUUACGAAAUAGUAGAUGAUUCCUUCAGAUCACAAUUUUUUUAUUAUCUGAUCAUUGAGUUUGGAUGGGUUGUUUUUCUUGUUUUUAGUAAAUCUGUAUAUACAAUUUACAACUUUGAAGCAUGACUGAUGGUAAUCUCCAAGUAUAGAUAUUCUUUAUUUUUUGUAAUUUAAAUUUAAUCACUGUCUAUUUUCCAGGCAGUUAAAGAUAAGUAUUAUUUUGCUAUCGAGUUUUACAGUUUGUUGCCUGAUUUGUUCCCAUCAUGGAGUAUAAAAAUUGGAUUACAGAAAGUAGUCAGCAUCAUAAAUCCAUUGCUGCUUUUAAAAAGUAUUUUCUGUGGUGUAGUGUUAGUUAUUCAAUAUUCUCUCUGAGUUUCCAAGCCAUUUGAAGGUAUCUAUCUUCAUGCAUCAUGGGCAAUUCUUAUAGCUCAGUACAGCUACUUGUACUUCAUGAUAAGGUCCAUAUGUGACUUGUACUUCUUCAUGGCCUCCUGACUACUUCCUGACUGCCACUUUAACUCUAUUAUGAAGGCCAGCUAGCUGCCUUAAUGGGGAGUAGAUUCUAGAUCUGGUACAAGGCUUCUGAGGUUCAUGAAUAUGUGCUUACCUUAAAAAAUGAACUUGGAUUAUGUUCAGAGUUCAAAAUUCUGAAACAGUAAUGCAUGAUCAUAUGAUAGAUUACUACCAGAAAGAUGCAGAAAUAUGCUUCGUCUUUCACAUUCCUAAUCUGGCUAUCUACGUUCAAAUCCGGACUUGUGCCCGUUUAGUAGUUGAUCCCGUUUAAUCCAAAGGUGCAGAAAGAACGCGAGGGUAGAUUAGAUCCUAGCACACAUACUACUAUUACACUAUGUAUUUUAACACUCAUCUCUGUGUUGUGCCACAUGCACUGUGGGCCUCUAUUGGCUUUAUAUAUACUGAUUCAGAAGAGGAGCAUGGCUCAAAGGUAAUGACAGGAAGCCAUUUACAUUUUCUUUAGAAGAAGAAAGAGGCUUGUCAUGAGAAUUGGGAACAGUCCUAGGUGAAAUUUUGCAUUACACAAUGAAUGAUGUUAAUUUAUUACAA